UAUACCUGACAUUGGCCGCUCAUGAAUGAAAUAGCACACUCAGCCUACAACUCGUAGUGGCAAUGUGUGUGGAUAUUGGACGUGUGGAUGUUUCUUUGAUUCAGGAUUAAUGUUGAUUUCUGUUAAUUUAUCGUGUUUGAGAUAGACCUUGGAUGAUCUUGCUCAGACAACCCGUACUUUCAGGUGUGGUUACAAAUUGCCAUGUCUUAUCGGGUAGCUGAUGAAAGGGAGAGAGUCUUUGUUUGUUGAGCAAGUGUCGUUUCAUUGUCAUUAUCUGACUCUGGAAUCUAGGAUACUGAUGUGACAUACUGAUGUGGAUGUUUUGUCAUGGGUAUUAGAAGUGAAUUCCGUACGUGCAACUUUGCACUGGGCCACAAUGAACCUCAAAGAUUUGUCACAUCCCAGUGGGGCCACCCCCGUCUGUACCUGUCCUGGAGGAUAUUCUGGGCUCUGUUUCAUACAUCCUGGCUGGUCAGUAGCAUGGUGUAUUCCACCAAAGUGACGUCAUCACCGCUAGGUGGCACUGUGUGGUUCAUCUACCUCACCAACUGGACCUACCUCCUGCUGACCAUCAGUGCUGUCCUGGACGCAGUCAUCGUCGUGUUCGUCAGGAUCAACAGGCAGGACAUUAUAAAGGGUUACACGUCACAUCUGCCGUGGUACAUAAAGGUAUCCUGGCUCCUCAACAGUGUCGUCACUGAAGGGAGUUUACACAUCAGCGCCAUCUACUGGAUCUUCCUUUUUAAGGAUCAACACUUGACCCUACUAAGAUUCAUCCUCCACGGCAUGAACUCCAUAUACGUCUUCUCCAACCUCCUCGUCAUCGCCAUGCCGGUUCGUGUGUAUCACGUGAUUUACCCAGUAAUCUAUGGCGUCAUCUACACAGUUUUCAGUGUCGUAUAUCACAUACUUGGAGGGACCAAUGACAAGGGAGAACCGUAUAUCUACAAGAUUCUUGAUUGGUCCAAACUGAAGCGGACUCUACCUCUUGUGUUUCUGAGCACCUUUGUGGCUCUACCUUGUUUGUACUUGGUGGUGUAUUUCACCCACAUACUCAGAAUAUACGUACGUUCAAAAUGGCUGAAAAACCACGAGGAUGCAAGGAUUCUUGAUUCAUCGAUUGAAAGAAGUGACAGUGAAUGUGCACGUGUUUGAACAAGACUUGUCGUGGAAAGAAUCACUCAGGAAAAUUACAAUAAUUUGUCGGUUUGAAUUAGUGAUGAUUUUAUAAGGUCACAUAUUGCAUUUUAACAAACUUAAAUCACAUAUUAAUGUUAUAUUAUCGCAGUUGUGUCGUUGAACUAAAGCAAAAUCCCAUUGUUAUUGUGUACAUCAGUGAUAUUGAUAUACAGAAUUUAAUUCAUUUCUUUACACCAAAGAUGAGGGUUUGUCAUUUGUAAAGCCGUGAUACAUACACGCAUUAAGAAUGGUAUAUA